ACCGGACCUGCCGAGCCGUGGCUCUCCCGGAGACCCAACCUUAACCCGAAGUUGGGCGACUGAGUAGGAAAUACGUUUUCCUCCUUUUCCUGCUCUCCCCCCCUCGCCGUCGCUCGUGGAGCGAGGAUCCCGCCGGACGGGGACCGAAGCGGCCGUUGGGUUUUUUGCUUCUCGCCUCGCCCCCCCCCCCCUCCCCGCGGAGAUGGCUACGUAGCGGCACGGGGGAAGGGGCAGACUUUUUUGCUUUCUUCCUUCCUUCCCUCCUGGUCGGCCGGGUGGAUCCCGGGCCCCCCCCCGGAGCCCGUCCGGUGCCCGUGGGUCCGGGGCUCCGGCCGCGGUCCGACCCGGUGGCCGGUGGCCGGGGGUGGAUGUGCGGCCGCGGGCGGCGGCGGCGGCGGCGUUGGCAGGAGCAGGCUGGGGGCCCGGGAGCCGCCGACGGGACGGACUCCUCUCUCGGAAACCGGACGAGGCAAAAGAACCCAGAAAUCCAUCUCAGAGUUAUGAAGGAAAGCCGAAAGCUUGACUGUGAUGCCACGGCAACUCUAAGAGAAAUUCUGUGGUUCCCAGCAGCUUUGAGGUCAUGUCCUGUUCCUUUCCACAGUGGGGCUAUGAAGGCUUUGAGAAGGCUCAGUAAAGAAAUGUUGGAUUCAGUAAUCUUUAGAAAAAAGCAUAUGGAUAUUUAGCCACAGAAGAACAAGACCAGGUCUCGGAUUCUGGAUAUUGGUAUUUUUGUGGGAUUGUGUCCUUUUUUGUUUUUUUAAGGGAGUUUUUUUUUAAGUAGUCACCUACCUGGCGAAGUGCAGAAGUGGGAACAGACAGACGGACACUUAUUUCAUUUCACUAUUGAAAAACACUCAUUGCCGAGAAACCUUCCAGUGAUAUAGUCCACAACCAUGCGGUCAUCACAGCUGCUAUUCUUCAUGAUGCUCAUAGCACCAGUAGUUCAUGCUUUCAGCCGUGCCCCCAUUCCCAUGGCCGUGGUCCGCAGGGAACUGUCUUGCGAGAGCUACCCAAUAGAGCUUCGCUGUCCGGGAACCGACGUCAUCAUGAUUGAAAGUGCCAACUACGGGAGGACAGACGACAAAAUCUGUGAUUCCGACCCCGCUCAGAUGGAGAAUAUCCGCUGUUAUCUGCCUGAUGCCUAUAAGAUCAUGUCUCAGAGAUGCAAUAACCGAACACAGUGUGCAGUGAUAGCUGGUCCCGAUGUCUUCCCAGACCCGUGUCCCGGAACCUAUAAAUACCUUGAAGUGCAGUAUGAAUGUGUCCCCUACAAAGUGGAACAAAAAGUCUUUCUGUGCCCGGGGCUACUAAAAGGAGUCUACCAGAGCGAACAUUUGUUUGAGUCAGACCACCAGUCCGGGGCCUGGUGCAAGGACCCCCUGCAGGCCUCCGACAAGAUUUAUUACAUGCCCUGGACACCGUACCGGACCGACACCCUGACUGAGUACUCUUCCAAAGACGACUUUAUCGCCGGAAGGCCGACGACGACGUACAAGCUCCCCCAUCGGGUCGACGGCACGGGCUUCGUGGUCUAUGACGGGGCUCUGUUCUUCAACAAGGAGCGCACCAGGAACAUAGUCAAGUUCGACCUGCGGACGAGGAUCAAGAGCGGGGAAGCCAUCAUCGCCAACGCCAAUUACCACGACACCUCCCCGUACAGGUGGGGAGGCAAGUCGGACAUAGAUCUGGCCGUGGACGAGAACGGGCUCUGGGUAAUCUAUGCAACCGAACAGAAUAAUGGCAAAAUCGUCAUCAGCCAGUUGAACCCCUACACCUUGAGGAUCGAGGGGACGUGGGAUACCGCCUACGAUAAGAGGUCCGCUUCCAACGCGUUUAUGAUCUGUGGGAUUUUGUACGUGGUCAAAUCCGUGUACGAAGACGAUGACAAUGAGGCCACGGGGAAUAAAAUCGACUACAUUUACAACACGGACCAAAGCAAGGAUAGUGUGGUGGACGUGUCCUUUCCAAACUCUUACCAGUACAUAGCAGCUGUGGAUUACAACCCCCGGGACAACUUGCUGUAUGUAUGGAACAACUACCAUGUCGUGAAGUAUUCUUUGGAUUUUGGAGCUCUGGACAGCAGAUCAGGACAGGCACAGCAUGGGCAGGUGUCCUACAUUGCUCCCCCGUUUCGCCUUGACUCCAAUCCAGAUAGGCCUCCUUCGAAAGAACUGUCUACUGCGGGACCCAUGGGAAUGGGCAGCACCACCAGCACGACCCUCCGAUUCACCACGAGUAGCGCGGGAAGGGGCACGACCACGUCGGUGCCAGGCCGGAGAAACCGGAGCACCAGUGCUCCUUCGCCGGCAGCGGCCGCGCCUGUGGAAAUCACCACCCGCCUCCCGCCGGCUUCCUCCCAGCUGCCCGCCGUCGGGGCAGAGAGCUGCGAGGCGGUCGAAUCCCGGGAGAUCAUGUGGUUUAAGACCCGCCAAGGACAGGUGGCCAAGCAGCCGUGCCCCUUCGGGACAGUCGGUGUGUCAACGUACCUUUGUCUCACCCCUGAUGGAAUUUGGGAUCCCCAAGGCCCGGAUCUCAGUAACUGCUCCUCACCUUGGGUCAAUCACAUGACGCAAAAGCUGAAAUCCGGAGAGACAGCUGCCAAUAUUGCCAGGGAACUGGCCGAGCAGACCAAGAACCAUUUGAACGCCGGGGACAUCACCUAUUCAGUGCGUGCCAUGGACCAGCUGGUGGGCUUGCUGGAUGUGCAGCUUCGAAAUCUGACACCAGGUGGGAAAGACAGCGCUGCCCGUAGUUUGAACAAGCUUCAGAAAAGAGAGCGCUCUUGCAGAGCCUAUGUCCAGGCGAUGGUCGAGACGGUGAAUAACCUUCUCCAGCCGCAGGCAAUGAGCGCGUGGAGGGACCUGAGUGCGAGCGAUCAGCUGCGGGCUGCCACCAUGUUACUAGACACAGUCGAGGAGAGCGCUUUUGUGCUGGCCGACAACCUCCUGAAGACAGACGUUGUCAGAGAGAACACGGAGAACAUCCAAUUGGAAGUUGCAAGGCUGAGCACAGAAGGGACCUUAGAAGACUUGAAAUUUCCAAAAAACAUGGUUCACGGAAGCACCAUUCAACUCUCUGCAAAUACCCUGAAACAAAAUGGCCGGAAUGGAGAAAUCAGAGUGGCUUUUGUCCUGUAUAACAACUUGGGUCCUUAUCUAUCCACGGAGAAUGCCACUAUGAAAUUGGGGACCGAGGCCAUGUCCACCAAUCACUCCAUCAUCGUAAACACCCCCGUUAUCACAGCGGCAAUAAACAAAGAGUUCAGCAAUAAGGUUUAUCUGGCCGAUCCAGUGGUGUUUACCGUGAAGCAUAUCAAGCAGUCAGAGGAGUAUUUCAACGCUAACUGUUCAUUCUGGAGCUAUUCCAAACGCACAAUGACAGGCUAUUGGUCAACCCAAGGUUGCCGACUCCUGACAACUAACAAGACGCACACCACCUGUUCCUGUAACCACCUGACCAACUUUGCCGUCUUGAUGGCGCACGUGGAGGUGAAGCACAGUGACGCCGUCCAUGACCUCCUCCUGGACGUGAUCACUUGGGUUGGGAUCCUCCUGUCGCUCGUUUGCCUCCUGAUCUGCAUCUUCACAUUCUGCUUUUUCCGUGGGCUCCAGAGUGAUCGGAAUACCAUCCACAAGAACCUCUGCAUCAGCCUAUUUGUGGCCGAGCUGCUCUUCCUGAUCGGGAUCAACCGAACUGACCAGCCAAUUGCGUGUGCGGUGUUUGCUGCCCUCUUGCAUUUCUUCUUCUUGGCUGCCUUCACCUGGAUGUUUCUGGAGGGGGUGCAACUCUACAUCAUGCUGGUGGAGGUGUUUGAGAGCGAACAUUCCCGCCGAAAGUACUUCUAUCUGGUCGGUUACGGGAUGCCCGCGCUGGUGGUCGCCGUGUCUGCAGCCGUCGACUACAGGAGUUACGGGACGGAUAAAGUAUGCUGGCUGCGGCUUGACACUUACUUCAUUUGGAGCUUUAUAGGACCGGCGACCUUGAUCAUUAUGCUUAAUGUGAUCUUCCUUGGGAUUGCGCUGUAUAAAAUGUUUCAUCAUACUGCCAUUCUGAAACCGGAAUCUGGCUGUCUCGAUAAUAUCAACUAUGAGGAUAACAGACCCUUCAUCAAGUCAUGGGUUAUAGGUGCAAUAGCUCUUCUCUGCCUAUUAGGACUGACCUGGGCGUUUGGACUUAUGUAUAUAAAUGAAAGCACAGUCAUCAUGGCGUAUCUCUUCACCAUUUUCAAUUCUCUGCAGGGAAUGUUUAUAUUCAUUUUCCAUUGUGUUCUUCAGAAGAAGGUGCGAAAAGAGUAUGGGAAAUGCCUGCGCACACAUUGCUGUAGUGGUAAAAGUACGGAGAGCUCCAUCGGCUCAGGGAAAACAUCUGCUUCCCGAACUCCCGGACGCUACUCCACUGGCUCCCAGAGCCGGAUUCGCAGGAUGUGGAACGACACAGUCAGAAAACAGUCUGAAUCUUCCUUUAUUACUGGAGAUAUAAACAGUUCAGCAUCACUCAACAGAGAGCCCUACAGAGAGACAAAGGGGCUCCUGAACAAUGCCAGGGAUACAAGUGUCAUGGAUACUCUACCACUGAAUGGUAACCACGGCAACAGCUACAGCCUGGCCAGCGGCGAGUAUCUGAGCAACUGUGUGCAAAUCAUCGACCGGGGCUACAACCACAACGAGACCGCCCUAGAGAAAAAGAUCCUGAAGGAACUCACCUCCAACUAUCUCCCUUCCUACCUGAGCAAUCACGAGCGCUCCGCCGAACAAAACAGGAACCUCAUGAACAAACUGGUCAACAACUUGGGCAGCGGCAGCGAGGACGACGCCAUCGUCCUCGACGACGCCACCUCCUUCAACCACGACGAGAGCCUGGGUCUCGAACUCAUCCACGAGGAGUCGGAUGCUCCCCUGCUGCCGCCGAGGGCUUACCCCGCCGAGAACCACCAGCCCCAUCACUACGCCAGGAGGCGGAUUCCUCAAGACAACAGCGAGAGCUUUUUCCCUCUGCUGACCAACGAGCACACAGAAGACCUCCAGUCCCCCAACAGGGAUUCUCUGUAUACCAGUAUGCCCACGCUGGCUGCUCUGCCCGGGCCAGAGAGUGUCACCACCAGCACCCAAACCGACUCCCCGCCGGCCAGAGGCGGGGACGCCGACGACGUGUCCUACAAAACCAUGCCAAAUCUAGGCUCCAGAAACCACGUCCACCGACUGCACACUUACUACCAGCUCGGUCGAGGAAGUAGCGACGGGUUCAUAGUUCCUCCAGACAAAGAUGGUGCCUCUCCCGAGGGGGCCUCCAAAGGACCUGCACACUUGGUCACCAGUCUAUAGAAGAUGAAGCCGAAGCGGAAACCGACGAAGAGCUCCCUGACACACGGCUUACUGUUCUGAGUUACUAUGAGCGGUGGUGAUUGUGUGUCCCCUUAAACCUUCAUGCUGUUCUGAAGAGAAGAAGAGAGAAAAAGAAAGAAAAACAUAAAAAAAACCAACUGUCAGACAUUUUUUCUUUUUUUUUUUUUUUUUUUUUUACUGGAAUUUUUAGGCCAGCCUGGGGGAGAAAGUUAACUGGUGAAAUUCCCCUCUCACUCCUACCCCUUCCUCUCCUUUCCCUCUCAGACAAAGACUUCAUUAUGUUAAUGAAUGGGAUAUGGUGAAAGAAAAUGGCACUCUACGUGGCCUUCUUGAAUUAAGCUGUGUUUGUUUAAACAUCCUCGAUGCUCUGUUACUCAAAUUACAAGGACCUGGUUUUAGAAAGGCCAAAAUGUGCAUUUGGAAUUAGUAACAAUGACGCAUCUAGAUUGGAGUGCUGCACAAACUAACAAACAUAAAAACAAAGCAAAACUGUUUAUAAUGAAUCUGAAUUCACGUAAUGAUUUUUGGUCACUCACAACUUGAUUUCACCCCAGCGGGAUGGGCUGUGGGGGUCAAACAAAAGAAAACAAAAUUCUCAUGAAAUGGAAGGGAAUUCUAGAAUUCUAUGCUAAGUGCAUAUUUUAUGUUUUGCUGUAUUAACUGAUGAUAAAAACUAAUGGCAGAAAAAAAUUGAACAAUUUCUAUGUAAUGUACAGAUACUAGCAUUGCACAUAUAGUCUGCUUUCUGUUCCUCCAGAACUUGCGUCCCUGUUAAUGUAGUGGAAAAAAAAAAAAAAAGAACUUUUUCUGUUGUGCUGGUCUUGCAAGUUUGUCUACCAGUAGGAGCAAGGUUUUCAUGAGUUCUUUUUGGCCUUUUUUUCCUUGAAAUGUCACUGGGCAAAAAAAUUAAAUAAAAACUAUGACUUUAUAAAGACCAUUUUAUAGUAAUGCCAAACCAUUUUUUUUUCAAUUGGGUUUUGUUUCCCCCUUAUUCCCGCCCGGCCCUACUAACCGUAUUCCAUCAGUUCUAUUUCAGACAGGAUGUUUGCAAACUAGUGCAGGGUACGGCCGAUAGACAGCAAAACCUUUUGGGACGACACCACCUCCCUAAGUUGGUAGGUUAUGGCACUAGAAGCCAAGAACCCCCGCCCCGUAGAUGCCGGGGACUCCCUCCUCAAGAAGCGUGAUGGAACAGUGGGAGAAGAAAGGAAAAAUGAAAACAAUGCAAAGCAAGGAUUUUCAACCCAAUAUUUUGAAGCGAUUCAAAUUUGAUAAAAACUCCUCUCCGUUUUCCUCACAGGAAAAUGUAUUUAUUUGACAGGGUUUUAAAGAAUGUAGGCUUUCAGGAGGUAAAUUAGCAGCACAGAUGAUCUUUUUUUUUUAAUUUAUGAUCCAUUUUGUAUGGUCUCAAAGUUGAAUGACCUCAUUACUAAUAUUUGUUGUAAAAGUGAAACUUGUUUGCCAACCAAUAAACAACUGAUUAAGAUUUAGAAGACCCUGAAUGUAUGUAUGUACCAAAUGAUUAGCCGUUCUCCUUUUAUGUUUUCGCCUUUUUCUCCCACCAGUUUUCAGCAUAUGAAAUUUGCCGAUCCUCUAAGGCGCAGUUGGGCCAGGCAAAGUUAGGAAGCCCUAACUGAAUAAUUGAAACGUGUAGCUUUACCGCCAUGGCAGAUGCUGAGUUGGAUUGGGCAUCAGUGUGCAGAUAGAGAUGAAGUGGAUAAAUCCCUUUCUAGCCAGCUGAUCUAUCGCUACAUUAUGUGCUGGUUUUAUAAACCUGCUUCGUUUGGAUAAAAAUGAUAUUUUCUACGGUACAUUAUUUCUCCCUUUGUAAUGUCCAUUUUGCUGUUGGAGCCUCCAAUACAUCUACUUGUUUGGGGCUGUCAGGAUUUCAGCAAGCUCUCCCGAGACCCAGGUUGUAGUUAUGUUCCUGAAAAACUCUGAGUUGAUGGGAAAUAAGUUCAGACAUGCUGCCCACCUCUCCAUCCACGCCUUAAUCUUCAUCAUAGCGUAACAAACAAGCAUUAUGCUCUUCUCCCUUGCUCCCCCAAGAAAACAUUCUUUGGCAUUCUCCAGUCUAAUGCACUCGGCAUUAUUAGAAUAUUUCAUCUAGAUAAACUAGAGGGAUUUUUUUCUUCCAUUUAAAUCCCAGCUACCUAGAAACAAACUUUCUAACAGGAACGAUAGAGGGGUUAGCAUAUUCCUCAUAAAAUAAUCCACACUUAAAAAACGCGAAUGGGAAAGAGAGUUGGGGGCUAAGAUGUGAAAUGACACCGUCAUCCGCUAUAAAAUAUUUUAUACCUUCAUUGUCUUUUAGACCUCUGGAUCAGGUCUAGCUUUACAACUUCACAAUUUCUCAAAGUUGGAGGAGGGCGUGCAGAAUCGUAGGGAGUGACUGAGUUCUCCCCAACUUCACUCUGGCAACGUCAGCACGGAAGCGGCAUUUAGCCCGAUGAAGGGUAUGUAGAAUGGACGUCUGCUGGGAAACGAUCCCCUUUCAGAAAUCCCAGGUGGGGGAUUUAGCCCCAUACCUGAUUCGUCAGCGAAAAAGCCGCCAGCAUAAGUGCAAGCUGGUUUCACAGGGGACUGGGAAAAUUACCUCAACUCAGCCUGCUGAUCCUGUUUUCCUCCAGGUGCCGUCUCCACUUUCACUGCUUGGGAUUCCGUUGUCAUUGUAAUUUGAAGCAGGUCACCUGUUCCAGCUCCACAUGGACAGAUCGAGAUGAAGAAAGAUCAUUUUAAAUGCUCUACCGUUAGAAAACCUGGUGCACGAGAUCGUGGGACACAGCAGUUGUGACAAAAAUCUUGUAUGAGGAGCUAAAGGGCAAGAUUUUGGAACUCCUCUAAAUCUCUUUUGGGUUGUGCUUGCAGAGACCUUAGCAAGAUCCCAAAGACAUUGUCAGAAAGAAAUUGUUCCACAUAUUUUGUGUGAUUAUAAUAAAAUCAGUGAUUGAUAAAGGA